GCCACCAAACCCGCUUUAGCUGUACCCGUGUGCCCCCGGCGCUCCCCUCGCAGCGGGCUGCGGGAGAGGCGGGCGCGGGGCGAGGCGGCGGCGCGGGCCGGACAACAUGGAGGUAAAAGAUGCAAAUGCUGCAUUGCUGAGUAACUUCGAGGUGUUCCAGUUACUGACUGAUCUGAAGCAGCAGCGCAAAGAGAGUGGGAAAAUGAAGCAGAGCUCUGGACAGCAGAAUCUGAACACAAUCAUGUAUGAAACACUGAAGUACAUUUCAAAAACACCCUGCAGAUACCAGAGCCCUGAGACUGUGAGGGAUUUCCUUGUUGCCAUGAAAGCCCAUAAGCUAACCAAAGCAGAGAAGCUGCAGUUGCUGAACCACCGACCUGUGACAGCAGUAGAAAUACAGCUGAUGGUGGAAGAAAGCGAGGAAAGGCUAACAGAAGAGCAGAUCGAGUCCCUUAUCCAGACAGUCACCAGCAUUCUUCCAGGAGACCCAGCAGAGCAACAGCCAGACCCAGCAAUGGCAACUGAAGGCAAAGGUGGCCAAGCAUAGGAGGCACCUCACCAAAGCUGGCAACAGCUUCUGCAGAGGAGAACCAGCUACUGUUUUUUCUGCUUUUUACUUGAUAUCAGUUUAAUCUUGUGCUGGACAUAUCUGUAACAUGUGUUACAAUUGGAAUGACUGAGAUUUGAGGAGGGAACCAGUUGUUCACAGGAAAGCAUGGAAGAAGACACCAUUAUUUAGGCCUUUUGUCUUGAUCAGGGAGGGUGUAACUGGACUUGUAAUGUGGCAGUCAGAGAAAUUAUAGGGCACAAAAUCUGAAGCUUUUGGGUUUUUUCCAUUACCCAUGUAACAGCUGUACAUUUGAAUAGGCUUAAAUACAGCUGGCAGUGCUCUAAUUAUCACAGCAGUGCUCUAAUUAUAAUUGCUUUCAUAUGCUUUUGAAUUGCCCAACUGGUUUUCAGAACACGGUCUGCAAGACAAAGCCAACUGCUAGAGCUGUUGGGAGCAGUGAUCAGAACACAGCUGGGUACCAGAACCUCUUCAUGUUGGCAUCCUGGAAGUGAGAGGAUCUGUUGGUAAAGUUGCAUCUGUCCUGCAAGAUGUCUGUGAGUCCACACUUGGUAAGAGUCCACUCCAGGUCAGCAGCUCAAUUGCCACUGGAGUCACAGAACCACAGAAUUGUUGAGGUUGCAAAAGACCUUUAAGAUCAUUGUGUCCAACUGUUCCCACACAGGGCACUACCAUGGCUACCACUAAACCCUGUGCCUCACCUCCACAGCUCCAUGGCUUUGGAAUCCCCAUGGAUGGGGACUCCAGAGCUGACAACCCUUUUGGUGACUGUUUACACUUCCUGAGCCUUAGUUGUGCUGUAUAUGAAAGGGAAUGAUAACUUCCAGCAUCUGGGUGAUUCCUGAUCUGCAUUUCUGGGGUGUUUCAAGCUUCUUUGAUGUUUGGAAAGGAAAUUACUGGAAAACACAUUUGGUCUCUCUUAAAGAUAAGUUAUCUUAAAUACCUGCCAAGGCUGGAGACUUUUUGACUGGUAAGUGGAGUAAUAGACAGGGAAAGUCCUUAAUGGUGUUUGUGAUACAUCAAUACAUGUUUUUCCUUCUAAAUGUGCAACAAGACAGGAGAGAUAAGCAGAUGA